AUGUUGAAAACAGGCAAGCUGGAAAAUAUAAAAAUAGAAAUGAAAAGACUAGAUAUAGACAUAUUAGGAUUAUGCGAAAUACGUUGGCCAGAUAAUGGUGACUUCUGGUCUGACGACAUCAGAGUUAUUCAUACAAAUAGUACAAGAGGACAAGCCGGUGUUGGAAUUGCUCUCAAUAAGAAGUGGGGUAAAAGAGUUACGAAUUUUGUGACCUAUAGUAGCAGACUAUGUUUGAUCAAAAUAGAGUCAACACCAAACAACCUUGUAAUUAUACAAGUUUAUAUGCCAACGUCAAAAGCAGAUGAUGAAGAAGUGGAAGAAGUGUAUGCAGGCAUUGAAGAGCUAAUAAAACAUACUAAACCACACGAUAACGUAAUCAUCAUGGGAGACUUUAAUGCUAUAGUUGGAAAAGGCAGGGAAGGUAGAGAAGUCGGAGACUUCGGUUUAGGUAAGAGAAAUGCAAGAGGAGAAAGAGUAGUGGAGUUUUGCAGAGAAAAUGGUAUGAUUAUAACAAACACCAGAUUUCAAAACCCUAAGAGAAGAAUAUAUACAUGGAAAAUGCCAGUUAAAUUCUGUAAAACAUAUCCGAGUGCUGAUUGUGACAGUGAUCACAAUAUAGUAAUAGCGAAAUGUGAACUUAGAUAUAAAAAACCACAAAGAACAAAAGUACAGCAAGACAAUUAUAAUGUUAGAUUACUUAAGAGAGCGGAGAUUGAGAAAGAAUAUGGACGUUAUAUGGAUAUCGAAUACCAAGAACAAAAUGUAGAUGAUCCACCGAAUAAAAAGUGGGAGAACAUAAAAUCAGCUAUUAAAAAAGCGGCGGAUUCUGUGCUAACAAAAAAGAAAAUAAAGAACCCAGAAGAGCAUGGAUUGACAAGGAAAUAG